AGAGCUGUUUGAACGUUUCCAUAGUCGCGAUGAGGGUGCUUGUGGUAUACGCUCAUAAUGAAAAGAAGAGUUUUAACCAUGCCCUUCUCGAUUCGGCUAUUAGGACACUUGAAGAAGAAGGUCAUAAUGUUACAGUGUCUGAUUUAUAUGAGCAAGAAUUUGAUCCGGUGAUAUCAAGGAAGGAUUUUACUCCAGAAUACGAGAUAGAUCGAAGAGAACAUGUAAAUUACGCUCUAGAAUAUGGAAAGGCCUGGAAAGAAGGUAGGAUUGACAAAAAAAUUGUGAGAGAGCAAGAGAAAUUAGAUGAAGCCGAUUUGGUCAUUUUUCAAUUUCCUAUGUUCUGGAUGUCAAUGCCUGCAAUAUUAAAAGGGUGGUUUGAUAGGGUUUUUAUUGAGAAUUACGCUUUUGGAGAAGGUGGAAAAUAUUACGACACUGCCCGAUUUUCGGGUAAAAAGGCUUUAAUCAGUAUAACAACUGGAGGAGGGAGAGGAUGGUUCACGGAUCACAGUCCAAAUGGAGACAUUAAUGUUAUCUUAUGGCCUAUACAAGUAGGUAUAAUUGACAAUGGAAUUUUACGUUUCGUCGGCUUUGACGUAUUGGCCGCCCAAGUUCACUACGCAGUUGAAACAGCAACUGAAAAAGAGAGGCAAUUAAUACUAUCGGGUUGGACGAAAAGAUUAAAGAGGCUAAGCGAAGAAAAACCAAUUGAAUUCGUAUCUCUGUCACAAUACGAAUACGAAGACGCAUCAAAACCAAUACAAGGAAUGCGAUUAAAGGAAAAAACACUUGACCAGAACGCAGACUCUGGUUUCGGUUUAACUGUUGGCCAGCAUUUAGGCAAGCCCAUACCGCCAAAUUCAUUGAUAUAUAACAAUAAAGUUAUUGAAAGCUAA